GAUGCUCCACUUGUUUGUUGCUGUUUUUAUUUUUAAUCCUGUUCUUUUGUUUUUUGUAGUAGGAUGAUCUAUUAUGUCCAUUGAGUUGUUGUGCAGAACCCAUGAGCUGAUCGUCUGCAGACUCUUGGGAAUCACUUAAGGCAGAGGAACUAUCCACAUCAGAAAAACUCACUUUACGUGCUGCAUCAGUCCCCCGUUGUUUUUUAUGGUUCCUACAACAUAGAAUUGGCUCAGUGGAUAUCUCCUGUAUAAGAUCAUUCUCCUGAUUGACCCAUCAAGGAUGGAUAGGGAUGGAGACAAGAUGGCAGAAAGUAUAAUAAAUCUCACCCUCGAGAUCCUUUUCCAGGUUACUGGAGAGGAAUACACAGUAGUGAAGAAGACCUCUAGUGAGCAUUGUCAAGCCCCUGUGUUUGAAGGAUGGGGAAAAACCUGGGGCACAAUCUCUGGGCGAACACCUCAACUCCUGAUACAUGGGAAACUCAACAAAGACAAGAUCCUAGAGUUCACCAACAAGAUAUUUGCGCUACUGACUGGAGAGGUUCCUAUAAGGUGUCAGGAUGUCGCUGUCUAUUUCUCCAUGGAGGAGUGGGAGUAUUUAGAAGGACACAAAGAUCUGUACAAGGUAGUCAUGAUGGAGGAUCACCAAUCCCUCAGAUCAUCAGUUAGAUCCAGUAAGAAAAUAAAACCAGAAAGAUGUCCUAGCCCUCUUCUUCUACAGCAUGGUUCAGAAGAACAUCACAAUGGUCAGCUUUUAAAUCGAGGUAAAGCUCUGAACAAUAUUAAGGCUGAAGAUACAUAUGUGAGGGGUGAUGAGCAAAGCAUAGAGGACAUUCCCCCAGAUAACCACCCAGAUGACUGUACCAGGAGCUCAGAGGAACAUCUUAUAUCUUCAGAUUUUAAAACAGAUGAUUGUUUUGUCACAGAAGAUAAACCGGAAGAGCAUGUCAUUAUAUCAUCUGAUCCUUUAGAUGAAUUCCGAUUUUCUGAUUCAUUACAGACUGUUAAGCAAAAUAAAAGUCAUAGAAGAAGUGUUCAAAGAAUUCAUACAGGGGAGAAGGCUUUUUCAUGCUCAGAAUGUGGGAAAUGUUUUAACGAUAAAUCAAUUCUUGUUAUGCAUCAGAAAAUUCACACAGGAGAGAAGCCAUUUUCAUGUUCAGAAUGUGGGAAAAGUUUUAGCCGUAACUCACAUCUUGUUAUGCAUGAGAGAACUCACACAGGGGAGAAGCCAUUUUCAUGCUCAGAAUGUGAAAAACGUUUUGGCUGUAAAUCACUUCUUGUAAAACAUCAGAGAAUUCACACAGGAGAGAAACCAUUUUCAUGUUCAGAGUGUGGGAAAAGUUUUAGCCGUAAAGCACAUGUUGUUAGGCAUGAGAGAACUCACACAGGGGAGAAGCCAUUUUCAUGUUUAGGAUGUGGUAAAUGUUUUGGAUGUAAAUCACAUCUUGUUAUGCAUGAGAGAACUCACACAGGGGAAAAGCCAUUUUCAUGCUCAGAAUGUGGUAAAUGUUUUAAAACUAAAUCAUAUCUUGUUAAGCAUGAGAAAUGUCACAAAGGGGAGAAGCCAUUUUCAUGCUCAGAAUGUGAAAAACGUUUUAGCUGUAAAUCAGCUCUUGUAAAUCAUCAGAGAAUUCACACAGGGGAGAGGCCAUUUUCUUGUUCAGAAUGUGGGAAAAGUUUUAAUCGUAAAUCACAUCUUGUUAUUCAUGAGAAAACUCACACAGAGGAGAAGCCAUUUUCAUGCUCAGAAUGUGGUAAAUGUGUUAAAACUAAAUCACAUCUUAUUAGGCAUGAGAAAUUUCACACAGAGGAGAAGCCAUUUUCAUGUUCAGAAUGUGAAAAACGUUUUAGCUGUAAAUCAGUUCUUGUAAAUCAUAAGAGAAUUCACACAGGAGAGAAGCCAUUUUCAUGCUCAGAAUGUGGGAAAUGUUUUAAACGUAAAUCACAUCUUGUUAUACAUGAGAAAUUUCACACAGGGGAGAAGCCAUUUUCAUGCUCAGAAUGUGAAAAACAUUUUAGCUGUAAAUCAGUUCUUGUAAAUCAUCAGAGAAUUCACUCAGGGGAGAGGCCAUUUUCUUGUUCAGAAUGUGGGAAAAGAUUUAACCGUAAAUCACAUCUUGUUAUGCAUGAGAGAACUCACACAGGGGAGAAGCCAUUUUCAUGCUCAGAAUGUGGUAAAUGUGUUAAAACUAAAUCACAUCUUGUUGUGCAUGAGAAAUUUCACAAAGGGGAGAAGCCAUUUUCAUGCUCAGAAUGUGGAGAACGUUUUAGAUGUAAAUCACAUCUUGUUAGGCAUCAGAAAUUUCACAAAGGGGAGAAGCCAUUUUCAUGUUCAGAAUGUGGGAAAUGUUUUAAACGUAAAUCACAUCUUGUUAGGCAUGAGACAAUUCACUCAGGAAAACUCAGUUGUCAUGUUAAGGAAAUCAGUUCUAAUUGCACUGAGAAUGCCCCCUUUACUUCUUGACUGAGGGCCAGUCUAGAUGAGUAUGUGGGAAUCUGGCCCUGUCCAUCAAAGAGAAGAGGGAGGGUCUGGCAAAGGAAACAAGAGAAGCAAGAGUGUUUACACCACUCCCUCAGUGCAAAGGUAUCAUUACAUUCAGCUGAGCUAGCUCUACAAGGCAGUAUGUCUUGUUUAACAGUGACUUUCCUGAUGACAGGCUCCCUUUAAAAAAAAUUGUGCUUGUGGCAGUAGCUUCGGGAGGUAAGAGAUCUUUAUCUCCAGAGUGCCAACUGAAGAAGAGUUUAUUGUACAUGUGAACGAGGUAAUCCGGUUAGAGAAGGAAGUAUAUCAUAAAAAAGGAGCAGAUAACAAGUUUAACUGUAUUUGGGGCCCCUGGCUAAUGACACCAGGGUUACCAUCACAGUGACUGUUGCAUGUCCGGAUGGGAGGGGGCAAUAUUUAGGAAGGUCAGGCCAAAAUAGUGCUGUUCUAGGGGUCUGCGGGCUACAUGUUUGCCCAUGGUAUUUACCUGUCUACUAAGACAGGCGAGAUCUGUGGUCUAGGUGCGAUGCUGUUCAGGGGAGGGUACGUAUGGUUAGGGUCCAUUCACACGUCCGUGUGUGUUUUGCAGAUCCGUGGAUCCGCAAAACACGGACACCGGCAAUGUGCGUUCCGCAUUUUGCGGGCUGCACAUCGCUGG